AUGCCUAUUAUUGAAUUCAAUAUAGAAAUCACUCUAAAUUAUGGAUAGGCUAUAUAUCUAGCAAAUUCUUAAUGUGACUGGGUAGUUGAUAAAAUGUGUCGUAUGAUUUGUGCUAAAGUAAAAUAUUUCAGUAAAAGUUUUAGGAUUCUCUCUGGUAAUUAUCAAUUGAUGUAAAUCAAAAUCCUUUUGAAUAUAAAUAUGUAAUUGGAGACUACUUUCUUUAAACUCAUAGUUUUAUUUAAUGGGAGAAGGGUCCAAAUCGAAUUUUAAAUUGGAAGGAUGAUAAAUCCAUUAUUAUAAGUAUAAAAUAUAUGUUAUCAUAGAAAAUAAAUGGGAAUAAAGAAAAAUUUCAAUAAUUUUGAAAGCAGAUUCCAAGACUUCUGUGGCUAUCCUAAUGAGCAAUUAUAAUUAAAUUCAAAAAAGAUUAAAAAAAAAUAAAGAUAUUAAUAAUAACUCGAAAGUCUUUUACACUAAUAUAUAUAUAGAUGUAAAUAAAAUCGCUUAAGGAAUAGAAAUUCAAUAUUACCUUCUAAUUUAAAAGAAAAGUAUAAAAAUACAAUAUAAUUUUAAGAUCCAAGCGAACUCAUAAGUAAACCUGUUAAUUUGAGUCUCUCUGAUUAAUAUUGCUUUCAUUUGAAUGAACUUGAAUUCUCUAAACUUUCAUUAUGA